CUUCGAAUGCUUGCGAGGCCGUCAUCUUGUGCGCUUCUGGAUCAGGCAGGCAAAUGUUUCCGAGAUUUAUGCGCUUCUGGAGCAGAAGCAAAACGGUGUACGCUGACUCAGCUGGCUCGAACAUAUGAUGCAAUGUCUGCAACUUGAUGCGGAGAGUGCCUGGCAUCGAAGUUCGGGAUGGGCGGGAGAGACUCUAGCGCGCAGUCGCGUGCACAAGGUAUAUAGCACUGGCACUGAUGGAGCUGAAGACCAGGACAAGAUGGCAGAGGUCAAGCAAAUCGAAGCCGAUGGCAUCAAAUUCUUCUAUCGCGAGCAGGGCGAUAAAAGCGCUCCCGUCGUGCUGCUCUUGCACGGUUUCCCCUCAAGCUCUUUCCAGUAUCGCAACUUGAUCCCAGCCCUCGCUUCAGAGUACAGAGUCAUCGCGCCAGAUCUGCCAGGCUUCGGGUUCACGAAGGUGCCUGAUGAGCGCAAAUAUGUCUACAGCUUUGACAACCUCGCAAAGAGCAUUGGCGCCUUCGUUGACGCACUCGCUAUCAAGCGCUUCUCUGUCUACGUCUUCGACUAUGGCGCUCCUACUGGCUACAGACUAGCACUGGCCCGUCCCGAAGCCAUCACAAGCAUCAUCUCUCAAAACGGCAAUGCCUACGAGGAGGGAUUCGGCGCAUUCUGGGCUGACAGUGGCCUCAGAGCAUACUGGCAGGACGGCAAAGCUGAGCAACGCGAGGCAAUCCGCGCUCUGCUUACUUUUGAGACUACUCGCUUCCAAUACGAGGCUGGCGAAGCGCAUCCCGAAGCUGUGGACCCGGCCACAUACACACUCGACAAGGCACUUCUCGAUCGUCCCGGCAAUGCUGAUAUUCAACUCGACCUCUUCUAUGACUAUCGUAUGAACGUCACGAUGUACCCUGACUUCCACGCCUACUUCAGAAAGCAUCAGCCUCCUCUCUUGGCUAUAUGGGGCAAGAACGAUCCUGUCUUCAUCCCGCCCGGCGCAGAGUCUUUUAAGCGUGAUCUGCCCAACGCCAAGAUCACGUUCAUUGAGGGCGGUCACUUCCUUCUCGAGACGCAUCUUGACGAGGCUGUCGAGCCUAUUCGCGCCUUUCUCAAAGUACACACAAGAGCUUAGCCCAACAUGUCCAAGGAUGCAUGAAACAUCACUCCAUCGAAUACGCAGCGUGAACACGGAUCUCCGUAUGA